AUGGCCGGAGCUUCAGCAACCAUCUCUACUGGGGAACCCGUCCCUUUUCCCACUCAGCCCAUCCCAAGCUCAAACGAUGCGACCCCGCGCGCGGAUGGAGAUGAGAAGAAGACCAAGAAGCGCGGUCUCUUUGGGUUCGGCAAGAAAAAAGUAGAAGACGUCAUCAAAUCGACCUCCAAAACAGUCGCAUCACCGUCUACUAAUGAAACAACCUUCUCGCCAACAAGACGAACCGCUGCCUCUCCUAUCCGCACAGAACACAUCCAUUACACCCCGUCCUCUCCCAGCCGACCCUUCGCCUCUUCUCCACGUCUUGCGUCCCCAGCGGGCAGCCAGAUCUUUGAGCGCAACGUCCAAGAGUCCGCCGUCGCGCUCCCAACCUCCCCUGCGAUCCCCUCCCAUAUUCAGACCGAGAACUACAUCCCGCCCGUCCUUGACGCCUCCUCCGAAGCCAUCACAGACACCCACCUUAACCCAGAUAGUGUCGAGAUCAUCACACACGCCUCCCAUCAGCCCGCCGCCGUAACCGUCACCGGCGGCGGCGGCGGCGGCUACAACGAGCCAACAUGGGUCGACGAGCUCGCGGCCUUCUCCCUUGACCGAGGCAACAGCCCCACCAACCCCGACAGCGCAAGCAACUACGGCAGUCUUGACACGACUGACGUCCGCAGGCUGUCAUUCAUCUCGUUUGCGGAUGUAGUACAAGCCGAGCAGCAGUCUUUUGGCGGAGUAGCCGGCAGCAGGGAGAGCAUGCACAUCCCCGGACUGACCUCGCUAACCUCGCUCAACAACAACGCCAACCGGUCGCCUUCCCCAAUCAGGUCGCCGGUGUCGUCAUCAGCGGGUGAUCCGGGCAGUAAGAGUGGAAGUGUGAAGGGGUUGGAGCUCAGCCCGGCGAGGAAGCCGCUCGGUAGCCCGACGAGUUUGAUGGGACAUAGCAUCCCGCCUUUGGGGUUGAGUGCGGCGGGGGGGCCGACCGUGAGCGGGGAGUUGAGUAUUGAGACGAUGAGCCAGGCGUUGAGGAGGACAGGGAGUGGGGAUUUGAGGGGGGGGUUGAUGGUGGGGGCUAGUUUGCCGCAAAGUCCGGUUUAA